AGAAAGAAAACAAGAAUGAAUUGAAAAGAAAGUGAAACUUGUCUUGAUUUUCUGAUGUGAUAUUAAAUAGAGAUUUCCCCCUUCAAAUUGGAAAUAGGUGAACAAUGUGAUCACAGACAGCAACGACUCGCGAUGGGAGCUUUACAUCCGCGGGUGUUGUAGACGCAAAGGGAGAUUCUGCGCUGGCCCACGCGCGCGCUCGCACCCACCCGCGGCCAUCUUCCUUGAGAGGGAGGAAGGAGAGGUACGAGGCCGUAAGAUGGUGGUGAUGAUAAGAAUGGUGGUGGCGAUGAUGAUAACGGGUCUUAACAUUUAAAUUCGUGAAGUUGAGGUUCUUGAAGGCCUAGCGAAAUAUCCCUCCCUGUCGAGGAAGGGGGAUAGAAGUCAUAAAAUUAGAGGGAAUAUAAAGAGAGCAAUAAAAGAUCGAAAGAAAAUAAAAAGAAAAUAAAAAAGAAAGGGAACGCCCACGCGCACGGAAUCGCGAGGAAGAUAGACACAGAGGCAACUUCACAUGAUAUUCGCGUAGGAGGUUGUGUCGCCAAGUCGUGAAAGAUUGGAAACACACACAAGAAACGUUUAAGAGGAGGAGGAGGGGAGGAGGAGGUAAGAAAACACAAAUACAUAUACAAAGAGGAGGUGGAGGCGAGGAGGAUAGAAGAAGAAGACGAGGAGGAAGAAGAAGAGGAAGUGAAAGAGAGACGGGACUAUAGGAUGCGGGGCGGCCUAGGCGACAACGGGGACGCCCCUAGCUACGGCAUGGAGACCAUCGUGGAGGACGUCGAGCACGAAUAUGACCCCGAGAAAAUCGCGAAGAAGUAUGGUGACCUGAAGGGCGAAGUGAUUCUGGUGGACCUGCAGAAGGGCGCCAACGGCCUGGGCAUCUCCCUGGCCGGUAAUAAGGACAGGACCCUCAUGUCCGCCUUCAUCUGCGGCCUCAACCCCAACGGCAACGCCUUCAAGGAUGGCCGGCUCAGGGUGGGGGACGAAAUCCUCGAGGUUAACGGCAAUGUCAUCUACGGCCGCUGCCAUCUUAACGCCUCCAGCAUCUUCAAGAGUAUUCCAGGACCCACCGUCAAGGUCAUCGUACUCAGGAAGAAGACCGGCCUACAGGAGAUGGCCAUUAAACCCAUCACCCAGUUCCCGGUCACGCUGGAAGACGAGACACCAGAGGAAAAGUAUGCACGCUUUAAGGGGCUCACGAACAUCAUUAUGAAGAAGGGUUCGACAGGCCUGGGCAUUAUGAUCAUCGAGGGUAAACACGCAGAAUAUGGCCAGGGUAUCUUCAUAUCAGAUUUACAGGAGGGGUCUGUAGCUGCAGAGGCUGGAUUGCUGGUAGGAGACAUAAUUCUUUGUGUAAACAAAGAAGAAAUGGUUGGAGUUGAUUAUGACCAGGCGACCAACAUUCUCAAGAAAACUGAGGGUGUCAUCAACAUGUGGGUAGCCAACCCAGCAAGAGCAGCAGGCAGCGACCCAAAGAAGCCCGCUCCAGGCAAAAAGCCAGAUGUGCCACCCAAACCUGCCUUGGGACCUAAACCUGCCCUGCCCGCCAAACCACCGUCGAUCUCUUCCUUGCCCCCUCCUGCGGCCACACCUGUGACAUCAUCAACGGAAAUCCAAACGGCCCCCUCCUCCCCUCCUAUUCCAUCUGGCCGCGCUGCUCCUGUGGAACGGCUGUCCUCGCAUGGCUUGGCCUCCAUUACCUCAACGACUUCCUCGAUAUCAACUGCAUCUUCUCCCUCUUCGCUUGUUACAGCUGAAGAGCCUAAACAGAAAGCAACUCCUGCACCAGAGGCACCAAAAGAGAAGGCAAAUCCUGCACCAGAGGAAGUCAAAGAGGACCCAGCAACAGCAGAAAUCCGGCCAGGCAGAGAAACCACCAUAGAAAUUGUGAAGGAGAAGAUGGGUCUUGGCCUGUCCAUUGUGGGUGGCUCUGAUACACUCCUGGGUGCUAUCAUCAUCCAUGAAGUUUACCCUGAUGGUGCAGCUGCUAAGGAUGGAAGAUUGAAACCAGGUGAUCAGAUUCUUAAUGUGAACAAUGAGAACUUCAGGGACAUAACACACCAGAAAGCUCUUAGUGUUCUACGACAGACGCCAUCAAAGGUAAAAAUGGUUGUUUACCGUGAAGAGGGAAGCCAGAAGGAAGAGGAUUUGUAUGAUAUUAUCACCGUCCAACUCACAAAGAAGUCUGGCAAGGGUCUUGGACUUUCUAUAGUUGGACGUAAGAAUGGCCCUGGUGUCUUCAUCUCUGAUGUGGUUCCUGGUGGUGUGGCUGAGAGUGAUGGCCGGCUCAUGCAAGGUGAUCAGAUCCUUGAAGUGAACGAUAAAGACCUUCGCCAGGCUACCCAGGAGCAGGCAGCCGCUAUUCUCAAGUGUGCUCCAGGUUCUGUCAGUAUGAAAUUAGGAAGACUUAAGGCUGGCAAGAAAGCUAACUCCAAUAACAACGCGAAUAACACAUGGCCAGUGACAAUAAGUGACAGCUCCCCUGAGGGUAGCACCAAAGUCCCGCCAGAACCCCCUGUCCCCAUCCCCCGCACACAUCUGCCUCCGCUCAUCCAGCCACACCACCUGCCACCCCAGACACCACCCCUGCAACAGCAACAGCAGCAGAUUCAGCCAAAGGAACCCCAGGAAACAUCAGGUAUCAGGACAAUCUUGCUGGAGCGACGUGAUGAUGGCCUUGGGUUCUCGAUCGUUGGAGGUUUCGGCUCCAAUUUAGGUGAUUUGCCAAUAUAUGUGAAGAGUGUCUUUGAGCGUGGUGCCGCAGCUCGUGAAGGAUCCCUAAGGCGUGGAGAUCAGAUUCUUGAAGUGAAUGGAGAAUCACUAGCUGGACUGACCCAUGCAGAAGCAGUAUAUAUUCUGAAAGAAGCAAGGGGAACUGUAGCACUCACCAUUUUGCCAUCUAAGUAAUACCCAGAACUGUUACAUUUUUUAUUUUUCAAUUUUGGUGUUUAAUAGUUGUGAAUGAAGGGCAGUUCUGCAAGACGUAUAUUUGUGACAUAUUUGUUAAGAAAUCUUGGCUGCAAUGUUUGUAUAAGUUGUAUCAUCAUGAAAAUGAAAUUGUCCUUACUACAAAGGCUUCCUGUAAUUUUCUUUUUAAGCCAUGUGACUGUGUCAGAUGCUUGAUAUGAUCGGUUUUAAUUUGUAAAUGCUCACAGGGACUCUUAAUGACUUAUCAUAUAUACAGACAGAGUAUGAGUAAGACAGAAAAGAAGUAAUCUUUGAUACUGCACCAAUGUGUGGCCUUUAGAAAUUUAAGAUAGUUUCAAAGUAGCCUUGUGCCCACAUAAAGAAUGGUAAUGUGAUUCUUUAUUUAUUUUUUUAAUCAUAUUUUUUCUUGUAAAUCCCUUGAUUGAAAUGGACAUGAUAAUGAAACUUAAAACCUUAAUAGACCCUUCCCUAGAAUUUGAAAACCGAAAAAAAAGGAAUCUGAAUCUAGUAGACUUGAUAGAUGUUCUAGAGGUGGAUAAGUAAAGAUCUGCACCUGCAUUAAAUUUGCAAAGAUUUGUCUUUGAUGUAAAAGUGAGAGAGAAUAAAAAAAAAAGCUGUUAUAAUGUCUGAGGCAAAAAUCUUGUUUAACCUAUGUGUAACAUUGAGAAAUGUAUACAGUUUAAGGUUGCACACUUAACUUUCAAUAAGUCUUAUCUCAAGCUGUGUUCAUAUCCUUGAUUGGGUGUGAUUAUUUAGAUUAUGUAUACAUCCAAUUUCUUCAGCCAAUUGUGAGUUUUACUGCAGUGUGUAUAUAUACAGUAUGAUCAUUUGCAGUUUUACAGUUCCAAUAAAUGUAAUAGUAUGCAUACUAUUAUUAAUUAGUUGGCUAGAUAUUUUCCCCAAGUCUAUUUGGCAUAUCAGAUUCCUAUUGGUAUUAUGUGCAGGCCUAAGCCAUUUGUUUUUGAUAGAGCACUAUCCAUAGAGUCUACCGUUCAUGUUGUUGAUUGCUUGAUUACAAAAAAGCCUUGUUAAUCCAAACCAACAUGACUGCUUGUUGAAAACCUUUGAUUUUAUCUUGAUUUUUAGGUGGAUUGCUUAAAGUGAUUGUUUAAUAUUUGUUUUGUCAAUCUGUGGGUAUGAAUUAUUCUUAGGAGUUUCCAUGUUGGGAUUAAGAAGGUUUUAUAAUGCAUCUGUUAUUGUUAUGGAUUUUACCUCUUGAUUCUGAAACAAUAAUUUUCGUAGGGUUGUAUUAUUCAUUAUAGAAUUUAGAGGAGCAUUUCUAUGGUGUUGUUGGAUGAUGAUGAUCAAAUGCUUCUCUUAGGUUAAGCAUAAUUAGGGCAUUAUUUUAUAAUUAAAACUUACUUUCCACCAUGAAUUCAGCACUGUGCAAUAUGGGACUUCAGCCUUAUUUGUUUAUUAAUAGUCCCAAAGGGUAUUGCAGUUCUGAAAUGUUCUAAAAACAGUGUUUGGAUAUUGCCGACAGAGACUUGUUGAAACUUUGUGUAUACUGCCAUACUGUAACUUCCCCUGAACAAAGGGAAGGUGAUAUAGCUAUCUUCCCCAUAACACCUGACCCCCAUGCAUCCCCAAAAGCCUCCAUAAUAGAUUAGCAGGCAUGUGUACCAUGGACGGUUACUGCUGAAAACCAGGGGCCAUCUAUCCCAGCAUAAUGUUUAGUCAUGUUUUCAUGGUAAACUGACAAAAAAAGAUAUAUAUAUAUAUAAAUAUACAUAACAUGAAGCUGUGUUCUGCGUGGUUGAUCCAAAUAUCUAUACCUAACCAUGAAACAGACUAACAGCUCAUCCACAAAAAAUAAUGAAACAAAUAGAGAAAAAAAAGAAACAUUUACCACAGAAACAGGUUGAGCUUACAUAGCACUGUGCAGUCUGUUCCCCAGCUCAUGUUAACAUCUUUUUAUCAUCUAUGCAAUAAGGCAGUAAUAUGAAAUAAAGAUUUCUCAUUA